AUGUUGUUAGGUUUAUUUGAAUCAGGUAUUAUCCCUGUCAUCAAUGUUUAUUUAGGGAUGCUGUACACUAAAACUGAAAUGGCUAAAAGAUGUUCAGCAGUGUAUUGUGCCAGUGCUGCAGCUGGUGGGUUUGGUGGGCUUUUAGCAUUUGGGCUAAUCAAAAUAAAUGCCCAUGGCUGGGAAGGUUGGAGAUGGUUAUUUGCCAUUGAAGGUGCUCUGACUAUUUGUUCGUUCCCAAUUCUGAUCAUAUUAUUACCAAGAGAUCCAACAACUGUUUGGUGGUUGAAUGCAGAUGAAAGAAAAGUUUUAGUUACAAGACUGACCAAAUAUCCAGAUUUUUACCAAGAUGAGAAAUUUGCUUGGUCAGAAGUUAAAAGAAGUUUGAUCGAUGUCAAUAAUAUUUUGGUGUAUCUUUAUGAAUUUUGUGUCGAUUUAACAUUAUUUGGUAUCUCAACUUUUUUGCCUUCCAUAAUUAAAGGUAUGGGUUACAAUAAAUAUGAAACUCAAUUGUUGACCAUCCCAUUUUAUGCAAUUGCCUUGAUAAGUUUCAUUAUUGUUGGUUAUUUCUCAGAUAGAUUUCAACAUAGAGGUGGAUUUUUAAUCAUAGGUUUAAUCUUUGAGAUUAUUGGAUAUGUGAUUUUGGUCACCGCUGAUUCUUUGGGCGCCAGAUAUUUCGCAUGUAUGAUGAUUGGUGUUGGUAUUUAUGUUUGUUCGGCAUUGAGUAUCAUGUGGAUCAAUAACAACAACGCUGGUCAUUACAAGAGAGCUACUGCAGGUGGUAUGAUUACAACAAUAGGUAGUACAGCAGGUGUAUUGGCUGGUCAAAUUUAUACUGCCAAAUCUGCGCCAAGAUAUUUCAAAGGUUUAAGGAUUGCAUUAGCUUUAACUUGUGCUGCUGUUUUCUUUGUUAUUGCAAUGAUGUACAAUUAUAAUAGACUUAAUAAUAAAAGAGCAAAGAAGGUUCAAGAAUUGCUGAAAGAAGGGGUUGAUAUUUCAGAUGAAAAACCAAAAGAUGACACUUCUUUGAACUUCAAGUUUAUUUUAUGA